AUGGUGUCUUCACGCCCGACGACUCCCAAAGGCGCCAAAUCGGCUGCGGGAGAUUCAUCCGACGUGGCUACGACACACGCCGGCGAGACCUCUCCCGAUGUUGCAAGCAAACCUGAUGCAAGCAAACCCGACGACCCCCAGCAGAAGCCGUCGACACUGAGGACGGUCCUCCUGCUGGUCUCGGUCUUUGGAACCAUGUUCCUGGUCGCUCUGGACAGAACCAUCAUCUCCACGGCUAUCCCGCAAAUCACGGAUGAAUUCAACUCCCUCGCCGACGUCGGCUGGUACGGAAGCGCAUAUUUGUUGACAUGUUGCGCCUUCCAGCUGUUGUUUGGGAAACUCUACACGUACUACUCGGUGAGAGGCGUCAUGCUUACAAGUACCCUACUAUUCGAGGCUGCCUCUGCCAUCUGUGGCGCGGCUCCGAACUCAGUAGCCUUCAUCGUGGGAAGAGCAAUCGCCGGGGUUGGCGCCGCUGGCAUCUUUGCGGGAACGAUUGUAUGCAUUGCCCACGCAGUUCCUCUGCACAAGCGUCCCCAAAUCCAAGGCCUCUUCGGCGCCCUCUUUGGCCUGGCUUCGGUCGUGGGCCCCUUAAUUGGUGGUGCCUUUACCUCCAAUGUAACGUGGAGGUGGUGCUUUUACAUCAACCUGCCCCUCGGGGGCGUGGCGAUGGUCGUCAUGGCCUUCUGUCUCCAGGUCCCCGACCGAGAUACAACCAAGCUCCCCUGGAUGAAGAAGCUGUCGCAACUGGAUGCCCCGGGCACGGCAUUCCUGGUCCCGGGUGUGGUCUGUCUUCUGUUGGCACUUCAGUGGGGUGGCCAGACGUAUGCGUGGAGCAAUGGGCGGAUCAUCGCAUUGUUGACUCUGAUGAGUGUAUUGCUUGUUGGUUUCGUUGCAGUCCAGAUAUGGCUUCCGACGACAGCCACGCUCCCUCCGCGCAUUUUCAAGCAGCGGAGCGUCGUUGCUGCCUUCUGGCAAAGUCUCUGCAUCAGCUCUGGGAAUUAUAUAUUUGUGUACUUCCUCCCGAUCUGGUUUCAAUCCAUCACAGGUGUCUCUGCCGCGCAAUCAGGCAUCCGGCUCCUGCCUCUGAUGCUAUCCAUGGUCGCAGGGUCAAUGGGCGGUGGAAUCAUCACUCCGAAGAUCGGAUACUACACGCCGUUCUCGAUCGUAGGAUCCUGCAUCAUGUCCGUCGGGGCCGGGCUCCUCACGACUUUCCAGGUCGACACCGGCGAAGGGAAGUGGAUCGGUUAUCAAAUCCUGUACGGAAUCGGCUUGGGCCUGUGUUUCCAAACCCCAAACCUCGCUGCCCAGACCGUUCUGCCGAAGAAGGAUGUGCCCAUCGGGUUGGCGCUGAUGUUGUUUGGUCAGCUGCUCGGUGCAGCGGUGUUUGUCUCGGUUGGGGAGAACGUACUAGGCAAUCAGCUUGUGCAAAGGCUUUCCGGGGUCCCUGGGUUUGACCCGAGUCUGAUCACGUCGGGGGGCGCCACGUCACUACUGAGCGCGCUACCUGCGAGUGAACAUGACACGGUCCUCACAGCCUACAAUGAGGCGCUGCGGAAGGUGUUCCAGGUCGGAUUGAUCAUAUCGUCUCUGGCCGUCCUCGGUGCAGUUGCGUUGGAGUGGAAGAGCAUCCUGAAGAACAAGCCGAAGGCAAAUGUUGGUGCUGAGACCGGCGGAGCGGCUGAA